AUGACAUCACAAACACUUUUGCUUUCCUUGGGAGUUUUGAUGGUUUUGGGAGCCACAGCCUACAUGAACUAUGAUAGCAACGUUAGCUCUAUAGAUCACGGGUUCACUGCUGAUUUUGCAUCCUUUAUAAAAUCUUUUGAUUCAAAAUAUGAUUUCAUUAGAUCCGACAUCACUUGGUCCACAUAUGGAGGUGCCGAAACUAGACCAACCACUGCUCCAUCCAAAUAUCCUAUAGUUUUUAUUCAUGGAAACUCUGAUAUUGGAGCUGGAAAUGGUGGAACUGUAGGAUGGUAGACAGGAUUCACAUAACUUAUUGAAUAUUUAUAAAAUAACGGAGGAUAUACAAAGGCUGAUUUAUACGUAACAACUUGGGGUCCUGCCAAUCCAAAUUUGGCAUCACAAAACAGUCAUAGUGAAAAAUAUGUGAUGACGGUUAGACGUUUCAUCGAAGGAGUCCUUGCUUAUACCAAAGCCAGCAAAGUUAUAGUCAUUGGUCAUUCAAUGGGAGUCACCUUAGCAAGAGCUGCUAUCAUAGGUGGAACCUAUUCUGAAUCGUUGCUUAACAAAUUUACUGUUGGAAGUCCCAUCACCAGUUCCAUUGCUGCCUUCUUCGGACUCGCAGGUGCUAACUAUGGCUUAGUUGAUUGCACUUAUGCAACUGGAUUACCCACAUGCAGCACAUACAAUGGAUUUUCACCUUCAUCCCAAAUGCUGACUUCCUUGAACUCAAAAACUCAUAGAGAAGGUGGCAAAGUGUACUCUUUCUGGUCUCCAAAUGACGAUAUCAUCAAAUACAACUGAAUUGUGAACCAAAAAAACACUUGUAUUGUACCUGGAAGUGACGAAUCAUUUUAAUAAAGUGGAUACACACACUUUGACGUAAGAGAUAAGUUUUCAGCAGACAUACUUCGUCUCAUCUAGAAAUUAUGAUUAUUUUAUAUAUUAAUUAAAUAUAAGACUCAAAUCUUUUUU